CAGAUCGAAAGAGUUUCCCUCUCGCCCCUCUGCUGAACAACAAGCCACUGACUUCUCGUCAGUCGACGUUGAAGACUGCUACGUACAUACGUGUAUAUGCUCGACACAAUUCGGUGUUGGCUACUCGCAACCCGUUCAUCGGACGAUCUAUCUGAACGAUAUAUUGAGAGAAAAAAUUCUGCGCGAAGAGGAGAGAGAGAGAGAAAGAGAAGGAGAAAGAGGGGGUUCGUGGCACGCUGAGAGAGUUCAAGGUGUUGCACAACUUUGCGUCAGGCUGUGUUUCUCUCUGAGAAAUCCUCGACUGACGAAAAAAACAGCAGCAGAUUGAUAGUGAGUGUCGUAGCUUUGACACAAAGCGAAAAAUUAAUCGGUUUAGUGGCGUGACAUAGCGCGAUUACGGAGAUCGAGAAAACUAGACGAAACGAGCGCGCGUCUCGAUUACAUGUAGCUCUAUCUAUCAAGGAAUCACAGAGAUCACGUGGAAAAAGACAUACAAUCGAUCCAGAAAACACUGUUUGCUUCCAGUAACACGUACGGUUAUUUGUUUACCACGACUCACCUGAACGUUUUCUGAACGUGUUUAACGCCUUCGAACCGAUUGAUUGGCGGCAAAAAAUGUUGACAGGACACGUUUGUUUCGUUAAGGCAUUCCAGAAUUAAAUUCUUGCCAGAAGAUAACCGUGUGCGUGUGUAAAGUCUAAAGUGGCCGUUCGCGAUCUCGUUCAACGUGGUUCGGUGACCGAUCGCGUGUGCGCGCGCGCACACUCUCUUCUGUCCGAAGAAAGAACAAGAAGCAGUGGUGGAGUAGGGCAGAAGAAAAGGAAGAAGGACGCCAAAGGAGAAGGAGAACCGGGAGAAAAGGAAAAGAGGGAGGCACGCCGCGUGGACACAGCCGUACGAUCGUGUGUCUGUUUCGUUUCGUUUUACCGCUUUUCGAGUCUGAGCUGGUAGAUGAAGACUCGGGAAAGUUUCAGUUAAUAUCCGAUUUUUCCGAUACGUGUUUCUCUUGUUUUUUUCUCUUUUGUUUUUUUUUUCGUUCGUGAACGAUUUUACCACGUGGGAAUAAUCGUGCAAAGGAGAAGAAAACAUACGAGGAUUGUAAACAACCUAACGCAUCGUUUGAUUAAAGAAAACAAUCAUGUAUAAACUACUAGGAGGUCUUGGACAAUACUUGAAAUGGCAGGAAAUCACAACAGAUUCUAUGGUGUUUCGGUUACACAACCACUUUACAACGGUGCUACUUUUCACGUGUUCGAUGGUAAUCACGGCCACCCAAUACGUAGGCAAUCCGAUCUCCUGCAUCGUUCAGGGUUUACCCACGCACCCUAUCAACACUUAUUGCUGGAUAACUUCUACAUUUACUAUGCCGGACGCAUUUAAUCGGCAGGUUGGUCUAGAGGUGGCGCAUCCAGGAGUAGCGAACGACUUCGGCGAUGUAGAUGCGAGGAAAUAUUAUACUUAUUACCAAUGGGUGUGCUUUGUGUUAUUCUUCCAGGCAGUACUAUGCUACGUUCCACAAUGGUUAUGGAAUAUGUGGGAGGGCGGUUUGAUCAACGCACUGGUUAUGGGUAUGAAUCAAGGUCUCGAUCACGAAGAUAAUAUUCAAAGAAAGAAAUCUACGCUUAUGGUUUAUUUAAUGCAAUAUAGAAAGACACACAACACGUAUGUGUACCGGUAUUUCGCCUGCGAGGCCCUCUGUCUUGUCAAUAUUUUCCUUCAACUGUACCUGAUGAAUCGGUUUUUCGACGGCGAAUUCCUCAGCUAUGGACUGCGAGUUUUACAAUUAUCCGAUGUCCCACAAGAAGAACGUGUAGAUCCUAUGGUCUACGUCUUUCCACGCGUUACCAAAUGCAUUUUCCACAAGUAUGGUGCAUCAGGAACCAUACAGAAGCACGACUCUCUAUGUAUUCUACCGUUGAACAUCGUCAACGAAAAAACGUAUAUUUUCAUCUGGUUCUGGUAUACUAUUCUAUCGAUUUUGUUGAUCGGCUUGAUGGUCUACAGAGCUGCCAUAAUCUUCGCCCCAGCCGUCAGACCAAGAUUGCUUCAUCUGUCAUCAAGACUUCUCUCCAUAGAAACCUGCAACAGUAUCAGCAAGAAGAUUGACCUUGGCGAUUGGUGGCUUCUCUACAUACUCUCUUCUAACAUGGACUCGUUGAUUUACAGGGAUUUCUUGCAAGAGCUUACUAAAAAAAUGAGCGAUUCACAUUCAGUCGUUGCCUAGAUUACAUUUUGCUAUUUUACAAACUAAAAUUAAAAGACAUGGAUUGAAAGAAUAAUAGAAUUAUGGACUGAUUCGUUGAUUGGUCAAUAGGCAGAUUCUAUAUUUUCUGCUGAGAGAUUAUUUUUACUGUAGAAAAUUAAAGAAAGUUAAGUCGUUGAAAGAAAAUAUAUAUGUAAAUCUGCGCAUUUAUAUAAAUGAAGCGAGAAUUCAUAAAGAGAUAUUUUCCUAACUUAGCGCUUAAAGAACGAAACAAUUGCUAUAUACGACUGACGUAGAAAAUGCGAUGAAGACAUUCCUAAUGCCGCAUUAAAGUGACCACUUUAGGAUCUCUGUAUGUGUGCUCGUGCGUGCGUAUUUGUGUGUGCGUAUGUAUAUGUGGAUAUGGUAGCUGCGUGUUAUGUAUACUCACGCGUGCAUCAUCAUUGUUUCUCAACGAUUAGGUCUCGAGAGAAUCGUUCUGUAUCUUUUCAUUUAGUGUUCGUUUUCCAAAGCAA